AUGGGCAUCGUGAAGUUCCUCCGCUGCCAAGCUGCUGAACAGGCGCCGAGCCGCCGUCCACGUUGGAGUGGGGAGAGAUCGAGAGGAUCACGAGGCGCUUCUCGGUGGUGGUUGGAGAAGGCGGGUUCAGCACCGUGUACAUGGGGCGUUUGCCCGUCUGCGGGGAGGCUCCGCCGCUGCCGCGGCCGUCAAAGUCCACUGCGGCGGCGGAGAGCGGCUCAGCCUGGCCUUCAAGCAGAGCUGGACUUGCUGCUUCGGCUCAAGCACGAGAACAUCGUCAGGAUCCUCGGCUAUUGCGAUGAUGCAGAUCAAGGCGCGCUUAUAUUCGAAUAUGUCUCCGGUGGAACCCUCUAUGAGCGCCUCCACGGCCGCAGCGGCAAUAAGCGCUCGACUCUCCCGUGGAAGAGCCGCGUGAAGAUCGCCUUCCAGCUCGCGCAAGCCAUCGAAUAUCUCCAUGAAAGAUGCAUCGUCCACAUCAUCCAUGGCGACAUCAAAUCCUCCAAUGUUUUACUGGACGGCGACUCCAAUUGCAAACUCUGCGACUUCGGAUCCGCGAAAAUGGGCUUCUCCUCCAUGAUACUGCCACCCUCGUCGUUGCCUUCAUCAUCUCCUUAUGUUAGGAGAAAGAAUAUUAUCAUGGGUUCUCCGGGCUACACCGAUCCGGCAUACUUGAGGACCGGAAUAGCCUCGAAGAAGAACGACAUCUAUAGCUUUGGCGUCUUGGUCCUCGAGCUCGUGACUGCUCAUAUGGCUAAGGAUGUCGAUCGUAUGGAUGUUAGUGAGGUGACGAACAUGGUGGAUCCGAGAUUGAGAGGCGAUUUCAACGUGGAAGAGGCGAGGGCUCUGAUUGGACUAGCGAGGUUGUGUUUCGACGAGUCGACCCUGGUUAGGCCGACAGCGAGCUGCAUGAUGAAGAUGAUGAAAGAGAAGGUUUCUUCAAUUUCGUUCAUGAACUCGAACUUGAGGCAUAAACUUUCUAAUGAUCUGUAG